AUGGAUGUGGAAGUUGAGGGAAGUUUUAUCCAUACUUGUGGUGGCACACUAAAAGGAUGGAAUGGGACUAUAGAAAGCCCAGGAUUUCCUUAUGGAUAUCCAAAUGGAGCAAACUGUACCUGGGUGAUUGUUGCCGAGAAGGGGAACAGGAUUCAUAUAGUUUUUCAAUCUUUCGCCGUUGAGGAGGAAUAUGACUUUUUAUCUUUAUAUGACGGGCAUCCACAACCAGCUAACUUCAGAACGAGGUUAACAGGAUUCACCAUCCCUCCUCCUGUUACAAGUUCUGACUCGGUUUUUUCCUUGAGGCUUACCAGUGACUUUGCAGUAAGCGCUCAUGGAUUUAAGGCAGCUUAUGAAGAGUUGCGAAGCAGCUCAUGUGGAAACCCAGGAGUUCCACCCAAAGGCAUACGCAAUGGCACUCAGUUCAACAUUGGUGACAAGAUCCGCUACCGGUGUGUCACAGGCUACGUCCUGGAUGGGCAUUCACUCCUCACCUGUGUGACCAGUGCAGCUGGAGUGUCAGUAUGGGAUUUCCCAGUGCCAAUCUGCAGAGCGGAAGACACAUGCGGUGGCACCCUGAGGGGCUCCAGCGGGCUCAUCUCCAGCUUCGAUUUCCCCAGCAGUGACUCCCCUGGCACGGCCGGAGGUGCUGGUGCUGGAGGCCUGGGCAGCAGCAGGGAAUGUAAGUGGACCAUACUGGCAGAUCCAGGCGACACCAUCUCUCUGGUGUUCACAGAGUUUCAGAUGGAGGAGAAGUCGGAUUAUCUGGAAAUAGAAGGCUCUAAACAGCCAACCAUCUGGCUGACUGGAAAGACUAUUCCAGCUUCCAUCAUUAGCAACAAAAACUGGCUACGGCUGCACUUUGUAACAGAAAGCAACCACAGACAUAAAGGCUUCAGAGCUCAGUAUCAAGUGAAAAGCUCUGGAGAGCUUAAAUCCAGAGGGGUAAAAGUAUUACCAGGAAAGGACAACACUAACAAACUGUCUUUAAUGAAUGAAGGGGGGAUCAAACAGGUGUCUAAUUACUGUCCUGACCCAGGCGAGCCGGAGAAUGGCAAACGGAUUGGUUCUGACUUCAGCAUCGGAGCGACUGCUCAAUUUACCUGUGAUGACGAUCACGUGCUGCAGGGUUCCAAAACGAUUACCUGCCAGCGUGUAGCUGAAGUCUUCGCUGCUUGGAGCGACCACAGGCCAGUCUGCAAGGUGAAAACAUGUGGGUCGAAUCUGCAGGGGCCAUCUGGGACUUUUACGUCCCCCAAUUUCCCCAUUCAGUAUGAGAGUAACUCCCAGUGUGUGUGGAUCAUCACUGCCAGCGAUCCAAACAAGGUCAUACAAAUCAACUUUGAAGAGUUUGACUUAGAAAUUGGAUAUGAUUCACUAACCAUCGGAGAUGGAGGGGAAGUUGGAGACUCUAAAACAAUAAUUCAGAUACUGAGUGGGAGCUUUGUCCCUGACCUGAUUGUCAGCAUGUCCCAUCAGAUGUGGCUCCAUCUCCAGUCUGAUGAGAGUGUGGGCUCAAUAGGUUUCAAGAUCAACUACAAAGAAAUUGACAAGGAUAGUUGUGGUGACCCUGGCACGCCUCUAUACGGUUACAAAGAGGGCAGUGGGUUUUUAAACGGUGACGUCCUUCGCUUCAAAUGCCAGUUUGGAUUUGAGCUCAUCGGGGAGAGGAUGAUUACUUGCCAAAACAACAAUCAAUGGUCAGCUAACAUCCCCAUCUGCAUAUUUCCCUGUUUCUCCAACUUCACUGCACCCAUGGGGACAGUACUGUCUCCAGAUUACCCAGAAGGCUAUGGGAACAACCUAAACUGUGUGUGGCUGAUCAUCUCUGAACCUGGCUCAAGGAUUCACUUGGCCUUCAAUGACUUUGACCUGGAACCUCCCUACGACUUCCUCACUGUCAGAGAUGGGGAUCAGUCAGAAGCAACAAUGCUGGGACGUUUUUCAGGUGCUGAAGUACCUUCACAUCUCACCUCCAACAGCAACAUUUUGCAACUGGAGUUUCAGGCUGACCAUUCGAUGUCUGGAAGAGGCUUUAACAUCACCUACAGCACUUUUGGGCAAAAUGAGUGUCCUGAUCCUGGCAUACCUCUGAAUGGAAGGCGUUUUGGGGACAAUUUCCAACUGGGUAACUCCAUCUCUGUGGUUUGUGAGGAGGGUUUCAUCAAAACACAGGGAGCUGACACCAUCUCAUGCCAUUUAGAGGAUGGGAACGUGAUGUGGAGUGGGCCCAUUCCCAAAUGUGAAGCUCCUUGUGGGGGGCACUACUCAGGGCCAUCUGGUCUCAUUCUCUCCCCUGGGUGGCCCGGCUACUACAAAGACUCCCUUAGCUGUGAGUGGGUUAUUGAGGCCGAGGCCGGACGCUCCAUCAAGAUUAGCUUUGAAAGGUUUCAAACAGAGCUCAGUUAUGAUUUUCUGGAAGUGCACGAUGGCCCCAACCUGCUUUCCCCUCUGAUUGGCUCGUAUAACGGAACCCAGGUCCCUCAAUUCCUGUUUAGUAGCAGUAACUUUCUAUAUCUGCUUUUUACGACUGACAACAGCCGAUCAAAUAGUGGCUUCAAGAUCUUCUAUGAAGCGGUCACAUUGGAUACAUACUCCUGCAUGGAUCCUGGAAUCCCAGUGAACGGUUUGCGGCUAAGCCAUGAUCUGUCCAUUGGCUCCAUCGUGUCCUUCCAGUGUGACCCUGGAUAUAGACUGAGCCACGAAGAACCACUUGUUUGUGAGAAAAACCACUUCUGGAGCCAUUCGCUGCCCACUUGUGAUGCAUCAUGUGGUGGGGAUAUCAGGGGACCUGCUGGGAUAAUCCUGUCACCGGGCUAUCCAGAACUCUAUCCUAACUCCCUUAACUGCACAUGGACUGUUGAAGUCAGCCAUGGAAAAGGUGUCCAGUUCACUUUUCACUCCUUCCACCUGGAGGAUCACCAUGACUACCUUCUGAUAACAGAAAAUGGCAGCUUCGCUCAGCCUCUGGCUCGACUCACUGGCUCAGAAAGACCUGCACCAGUUAAUGCCGGCCUGUAUGGGAACUUCAAGGCCCAGCUACGCUUCAUUUCUGACUUCUCCAUAUCUCUGCAGGGAUUCAACAUCUCCUUCUCAGAAUAUAAUCUUGAGCCUUGUCAGGAUCCUGGAAGUCCUCAGUUUGGCUGGCACACAGGCUCCAGAUUUGGCAUCGGUGACUCGCUGUUGUUCUACUGCAACACAGGCUAUCGUCUACAGGGGGCAAAAGAGAUUGUGUGCUUGGGAGGCGGCCGCCACAUGUGGAGCGCCCCGCUCCCAAGGUGUGUGGCGGAGUGUGGAUCAACCGUCUCCAACAAUGAGGGUGUUCUUUUGUCACCUAACUAUCCAAUGAACUACGACAACAGCCAUGAAUGCGUGUACAGCAUUCAGGUCCAAACCGGAAAAGGCAUCAACAUCACUGCCAGCACCUUUCAGCUCGCACAGGGUGACAUCGUUAAGCUGUACGAUGGUAAGGAUGGGACAGCUCCUCUCCUUGGGACAUACACAGGCACACUGAUGCAAGGCCUUUCCCUCACCAGCACAUCUAACUACUUGUGGCUUGAAUUCAACUCAGACCAUGAGUCGACAGCAGCGGGGUUCCGCCUCAUAUACCACAGUUUUGAGCUUUCACACUGUGAUGAUCCAGGAGUGCCUCAGUUUGGCUUCAAAAUUAGUGACCACGGUCAUUUUGCAGGAAGUGACAUAUCAUUUGGCUGUGAACAAGGAUACACUCUGCAUGGUAGUGCAACACUCAAAUGCAUGACUGGAGAGAGACGAGCAUGGGACAACAACCUCCCAUCAUGCAUAGCGGAGUGUGGGGGUAGUUUUAAGGAUGAGGCUACAGGUCGGAUCCUGUCUCCAGGGUAUCCCUUUCCAUAUGACAAUAACCUAAGAUGCACCUGGACAAUCGAAGUCAACACUGGUAACAUUGUCAGUCUCCAGUUUCUUGCAUUCGACACAGAGGCAUCUCAUGACAUCCUGAAAGUAUGGGAUGGACCUCCUGAGAAUGAGAUGUCUCUGAAGGAGGUCAGUGGAUCACUGCUGCCUGAGGGAAUCCACUCCACUCUCAACAUUGUUACCAUUCAGUUUGAGACCGACUUUUACAUCACCAAGUCUGGUUUCGCCAUUGACUUCUCAAGUUCACUUGCAACAGCCUGCAGAGAUCCAGGUAUUCCCAUGAAUGGCAGUCGCAAUGGAGAGGGGCGAGAGCCUGGCGACUCUGUGACCUUCUCUUGUGAUCCGGGAUAUGAAUUGCAGGGAGAGAGCAGAAUCACCUGCAUCCAAGUGGAAAAUAGAUACUACUGGCAACCCAGCCCUCCAAGCUGCAUCGCUCCAUGUGGAGGGAAUGUGACGGGGUCCUCUGGGUUCAUCCUGUCCCCUAACUACCCACACCCGUACCCACACAGCAAAGACUGUGACUGGCUAAUUGCAGUUCACUCCGACUAUGUCAUUUCUCUGGCUUUUAUAAGCUUUAGCAUUGAACCCAACUAUGACUUCCUGUACAUAUAUGAUGGGCCUGAUAGCACUGCUCACCUGAUUGGCAGUUUCCAAGACAGUAAACUUCCAGAGAAGAUUGAAAGCACUUCCAAUUUCAUGUACUUGGCAUUUCGAAGCGAUGGCACUGUGAGCUACACUGGCUUUCAUAUGGAAUACAAAGCAAAACUACGGGAGGCCUGUUUUGAUCCCGGGAAUGUAAUGAACGGCACUAGAAUGGGUACAGACUACAAGCUGGGAUCCAUGGUGACAUUUCAUUGUGAGGCUGGCUACCUCCUUCAGGGCCACUCUACACUCACAUGUGUCAUGGGCAACAGCAAGAGACCAGAAUGGGACAGAGCCAAACCUACCUGUCAAGCUCCCUGCGGAGGUCACUUUACUGGUUUAGAGGGGACCGUUCUGUCCCCAAACUACCCACAUAAUUACACCAGAGGUCAGAGCUGUGUCUAUGACAUCUUUGUCCCUGGAGACUUCGUGCUCUUUGGGCAGUUUGUCGUGUUCCAGACUUUGCCCACUGAUGUGGUCGAAAUCUAUGAUGGACCUUCAACAGAUUCAUCCCUUCUCACCUCCAUAUAUGGAUCUCACUCAGGGGAGACACUCCCUUUAAGUUCAGGAAACAAGAUAACCCUCAAGUUUACUGCGAAUGGAACAGACACGGCGAAAGGAUUUCAUUUUGUUUACCAAGCUGUACCUCGGACAAGCGCCACUCAAUGUAGCUCAGUCCCUGAGCCUCGUUUUGGGAAGCGGAUAGGGAAUGACUUUGGCAUCGGAAUGGUGGUGCUCUUUGAAUGCAGCCCAGGCUACACACUGCACGGCUCCAAUGCCAUCAGGUGCGAGGCCGUGCCCAAUGCCCUGGCCCAGUGGAAUGGCACUGUGCCUACGUGUGUUGUUCCCUGUGGUGGAGUGUUAACUGAACGUCGAGGCACCAUCCUCUCUCCUGGAUACCCUGAGACAUACUCAAAUUAUCUGAACUGUGCUUGGAGAAUAUCUGUUCCUGAGGGGGCAGGUAUACAGAUUCAGGUUGUGACCUUUGCCACUGAACAUAACUGGGAUUCAUUGGACUUUUUUGAUGGCGUAGAUGGCAACGCUCCAAGGCUUGGGAGCUACUCGGGUACAACAAUCCCCCAAUUGCUGAACAGUACAUCCAACAACCUGUACUUGACCUUCCAGUCUGACAUCAGCGUGUCUGCUGCUGGUUUCCACUUGGAGUACACAGCAAUAGGUUUGGAUUCGUGCCCAGAGCCGGCACCUCCAAGUAACGGCCAAAAGGUGGGGGAUCGCUACACCGUGGGUGACAUGGUCUCCUUCCAGUGCGAUCAAGGCUUUUCUUUGCAGGGUAAUGCAUAUAUUACCUGCAUGCCCGGUCCCGUCAGGAGAUGGAAUUACCCCGUACCUUUGUGUAUUGCCCAGUGUGGAGGCUCCAUGACAGACUUCAGCGGCGUCAUCCUCAGCCCAGGCUUCCCAGGGAAUUACCAGAGCAGCCUGGACUGCACCUGGAGAGUUCAACUCCCCAUUGGCUUCGGGAUCCAUCUGCAGUUUCUGAACUUCUCCACAGAGCCUGUUCAUGACUAUUUGGAGGUGCGCAGUGGGACCCUUGAGACGGGAACAUUGAUAGAUCGUUUCAGCGGCCCAGUGGUGCCUAAUUCUCUCUUUAGCACCACACAUGAGACCACACUCUUCUUCCACAGUGACUAUUCCCAGAACAAGCCUGGUUUCCACAUUGUCUACCAGGCAUAUGAGCUGCAGAGAUGUCCAGAUCCCCGGCCUUUUCGUAAUGGCUUGGUGAUUGGUCAAGACUACAGUGUGGGGAUGACCAUUUCUUUUGAGUGUCUCCAGGGAUACACUCUUAUUGGAGAGGCCUCCCUCACAUGUUUGCAUGGAGUAAGCAGAAACUGGAAUCAUCCCAUCCCUAAAUGUGAUGCUCUCUGUGGUGGAAACAUAACAUCCAUGAAUGGUACAAUUUACUCCCCUGGACACCCCGCUGAGUACCCACACUUCCAGGACUGCAUGUGGAGUGUCAGAGUACCUCCAGGCUACGGCAUCUACAUAAAUUUCUCUGUCAUCAAUACUGAACCCAUCUACGACUACAUCACUGUUUG